UUCCAGGAAUGAGUCUGUGACAAGCGGCUUUGCAGCUUAGGGUGUUUGUUUCGUUCUAUCAGCUAUCCAGCUGACAACAGCAAACAGCUAUCACCCUUUCAGACAUACCCCACACACUCAGGAUGGCAGAGGAGUGUGCUCCCUGUGAGGGUCCAGACUUGAAGGAGAUGGGCGAGGAGGAGCUGUGGGAACUGAUUAACGACAACCGCCACCGGAUCUCCUUAGGAGUGCGGCCAUGCAUCUUGAUCCCGUACCUGAGGCAGGCCAGGGUGCUGACGGAGAUGGACGAGGACGAGAUCCUCUCCUGCCACAAACUCACCAACCGCUGCAUGAGAACCAGCUACAUGCUGGAUCUGCUGAGGACUCAGGGGAGAAAUGGUGCUGUGGCUUUGCUGGACAGUUUGAUGAUCCACUACCCCACCCUGUACACCCAAGUCACUGGACGCAAACCCAGCACUGAGCCUUCAAGAUUCAGCGGUCUGAUAAAGUACUCGGAGCUGACAGAGUAUCUGGUGAGAGCAGUAACGGGGAUGCAGAAGGAGCUCCAGGAGGCACGUCGUGAGGCUGGUAGAAUGACUGCACGCUGUGCCUCCCUAGAGUCAGAGAUAGGGCAGAUAAUGGAGCAGGAGGAGAAGUCAAGAUGCAUUCAGGCUGAUAAUGAACGCCUGCGGAGACAUUUGUGUUCUUUGCAACGUGAAGUCACCAAGCUGAAGGAUGAGAAAUGUGACUUGUAUAUGCGCUACACAGCAGCCAUCGAGGAGAAAUCAGCUGUGAGCAAGCGCCUCCAUGACCUCAACCUGCAGGUGUACCAGGUGCAAACUGAGCUGCAAAAAGCCCAAAUGGAGAAUGAGUUCCAGAAGCAGCGAUCACUCAAGUGUGCUUCUCUUGCUGAGACACCACAACUGCAAGAGGAAGUCAAGAGACUGCGCUGCCAGCUGGUGAAAGCAGAAAAAUUGGACCCAGCUCGUCACGACAUCCUGGCCCAGGACCUGGCUGAGGCCAUAGACAGCCAGGUGGAGCUUGCGGAGCAGCUCAGGUGUUACAGAGAGGAGAAUGAACAGCUGCUCAGAGAAAAACAAGGGCUCAUGGAGCAGAAGGAGUGCCUGAGCCUUCAGGUGCAGCAGCUAACCCUGGACUGUAACAUGCACCAGCAGAAGAGUACCAUGAUCCACAAUCAGAUGAGGGAGCUGCAGGCAGAGAGAGACCAGGCGUACCUGUCCCGCGACGAGGCCCAGGCCAUGAUCGCCCGCAUCCUGGCUGAGAAGGACACCCUGAGGUGCCAGCUGGUGGAGCUUCAGGAGAGGGUCUUCAGCCUGCAAGCCAAACACAACACCAGAGUGCAACAGCAGAGCUCUGAUGAGACAGAGGCCGGCUGGGAGAGCCCGAGGUCCAACUGCGAAGAAUCCCCGUUCUCGAACAGACGCAGACUUUGCCGCAUGGAUGCAGUUAAUCCCAUGUCACCAGGUUCCUGUUAUUCAGAGAGUGAAGAUGCUGCGGCAAGUAGUGUCCGAUCACGUAACGCAGAGCCACCCAGCCCUGAUUCCCUCCGCAGACGGGUGGAAGCUCUACAUGCAGACAGCAGUUUGGAAACAGCAGAGACUGACUCUUUAUUGGAUGACUUUGUGUUCCUCCCCAAUGUUGGGAGUGAAGACACGCAGACGCCCAGGCUAUGCUCUUCUGAUGGCUCCACCUCUGACUGUCUGUCAAGAACCUCAGCCCCUCCUUUCCUGAUGCGUUCCCGUCCAAAAGCUUUUCGCAUCAGUGGCCGUGUUCUCAGCAUCUCCUUCCAGGGGGAGGCACUGCUCAGCCAGCUGGCAGUGGUGGGGGGAAAUAAGACAGGAGUGUUUGUGUACCAGGUGACAGAAGGGAGCCCUGCCCAUACUGUUGGCAUUAGCCCAGGGGCACAGAUAGUGGAGGUGAAGUAUGAGCAGAACCAGAAGGCUCUGAGGAUGGUGCUGGAGGAUUCCACUUUAGAGGAAGCUAUGUGGGCUCUCGGCCAGGUUACAGGCUUCUGCCACCUCUCCCUUCGCCCCAGGCAAGAUGAUUAUGACGUGCUGCUGCAGCAGCUACAGGACAGUGAUGUAUCAUCAGGAGAUUCCUUCUACGUACGCGUCAAUAUGUCUCUGCCUGCUGGCCCCAACGGGACGCUGGCUGUGUCCUGCAACGACAUCCUGCAUGUGACCAACACGCGACCCACUGGCACUGAGGACUCGUGGCACGCCAGCCAAGUGCACCAGUCUAAGCUACUGGACCUCCAGAGUGGAAUCUUACCUAACUACUACAGGGCACAGCGACUUCUGAUUCGAGCAAUUGAGGACAUGAGCUUCGAAACAAAGAAGUCUCACAAGAAUAAACAGAAGGCGGUGAGGAUUGUGAGCACCGGGCGACAGGGCAGGAACCCACUGUGGAUCAGCGUGGAGGAUGAAAAAACCAAGAGCACAGAGUCAGGUGAUGCAUCUGCACCCAAAACUUGUGUCACCCUCAUGCCCUACACCCUGGUCACCCCCCACUACCCACCUGUCUGCAGACCUGUCCUGUUGAUGCCCACUGUCCUGGGACGCAUUCUGGACAAGAAGCUGGCAGGGUGGCAGGGCUUUCAGCUCUGUGAACCUGAGGUGCUGAGCCCCUGUGAGCACGCAGCCCGGCUACAGAGGUCUGAGAUCCUGGAGGAGUGUGAGCAGGGAAGAAACUCCUGCUACACCCUGCAGAGUGUUGAGAAAGUCAUGAAGAAGGGGAUCCACUGCGUGCUGCCACUGGGCCUGGACUGUGUGCGUCGGCUGCACCGGGCCGAGAUCUUCCCUAUCAUCAUCUUCAUCGGCCAGUCUGCACGGAGCGCAAGGAAACUGAAGUCAAAGCUGCAGCGCCACGGCCGAACAGAGGAGCAGCUGCUGGCAUGUUCGAGGAGCGAGGAGCCGCUGCUGGACAAGCUGCCAUGUCUGUAUCACAGCGUGGCUCCAGACUCCUGGUGUGACCAGACUUCUCUGCUGACCAGCUUGCACACCAUCAUUUGGGAGGAGCAGAAGAAGAUUGUCUGGGUGGAGCCUGAUCUGUGGUGAAAGAGAGAUUAGAAAAGAAUCUUAGCAUAUGUAGAAAAUCUAAAAACAAAAUCUAAUGCAUUUAUAUGAUAGACAAACUUUACAAGAGAUAUUUUUGUAAACAUGAGUAUGUAUCUAUGAUACCUGAGUAACUGUGUAAAUAAAGGACUUUCAUAAUGUGAUAUAGAAAGGAAAAUACAUUUAAAGACUCUGUAUAAUUAGUUGCCUCCCAUUUUGAGGCUUUUGUUUGAAACAAACACAGACGUGAGCUGUUUGCUGCAAACACAAACACUGAUAAAAACAAACUGUGAUGACUUAUAUGUACUGUAUCUGUACAAUAUGUUGUAGAUCAUUUCCCACUAUGAGGGAUUUUAUUUUAAUAUUCUGCAUCUGUCAGAACUGUUUCCAGUGUUUCAUCAGAAUGUAUCCAUAUCUUGGUAUUUGAAUUUUUAGAUAACUUUUAACAGACAGGUCAGGAAACAUCAGUCACGUCUAUUGUUCUGCAAGAUUUUAGAAUGAAACUCAGCUGCAGAGCUGUCCUUUUCUUCUUCUUCAUGGUGCUGCCACGCAUCCAUAAACAUUUAGUCUUUUGACUUAACUAUAAGCUUUUAUGAAACAUCAUGACAAAACAUCCCUCUGAAUUUCUAUGAAUUGUGCUGUAAAAUUCUGUAAAGAAGUUUUGCUUAAUAGUUUUUGUCUCCAAUGUGUCUCACUGUCCACAUUUGAAAAAUGUAGCAAUAGUUAAUGAUUAAGUUUGAAGAUCAUCAUUUUCAUGUAGCAUCAUGUUGUAUUUACUCCACUGUUUUUCCAUCUUAUUGUUUCUGUCAAUGUGUAGACUAACUGUGGAAGGUCCCACAGGAGCUUAGAGGAAUCAACUAAUCUGUUGUUGUUAACAUACUGUAAAUAUAUUUGUUAUUUAUGUA